ACGUUCCGGUCCCCCUGGACUCUUCCCUCCUCGGGCUCCUUAAGCUUCAAGGCGACCUGCCGCCACUCCUAACUCUUUUUAUUCUCUCUGCAUUCCUCCCUGCAUUCUUCCCCACCAUAUCGCGUCUGGACCUUCUCUGCCUUCAAUCCUGACAUGCUACAUGCUAUGGCCCGUUGCUUCUAAUACCCCCAGUAAUCGUUUGAUACCACACCCUACGACCGACACGACCCUAGGACGACAGAAAUGAAUACACCCAUCGUUACGACACCAGCCACUUAUGGCCCCAGCACGCCGACAAAAGAAAGCAGAAGGGUCAAGGAAAGGGAUCCUAGCAUUACGACUGAUGCACUAGAACCCCUCGAUAUUUCCCCCUCGAAUGACAGAAAGCAAAAGCACAUCUCACCAGCAAUGCAACGUUUUGCAACUAGACCUCUUCGCCGCAGUUCGAGUCGCAUUGAACGAUGGGUCCAGCACCAACAAGUAUUGCAAACCGUGCCUGGCAGCCCUCCUGGCACACCAGACAGCAGCGAACCUCCUGCCCCUUCCUCAAACUGCCACCCCUACCUGGCCUACCCCCAUCUGAAUCCUCCGUCCUUGUCCAGACGACACAACACAAGCGUUGAAACCGCAAUUCUCAUUACCGAACAAGACGACGAGCGCGACGCGCAGGUACUCCGGUUUGCGGAAAACACACCUUCCACACCCCGCAAAGCAAAUAAUGCGGGCAAUGUGUUCGCCACGCCUCCGUCUCGCAGGAAAUUUGACCUCACGUUUACACAUACACGCAAGGCCUCUGGCGCUGACUCGGUUGCUAGCUCCUCUCUCGCCUCGAUUUUUCAUCACCGCACGACAAGUAAUAACGACACUCUUACCCCAAGCAAACGACAGUCCCACCUUUCUGCUUCUCUCCUCACUCAACGCCCAUCACGGGUCACUGCAUCAGAACUGGAUUCUUUUGCCACACCGCAAAGUACAUGCAAGACCAAGACCAAGACACGGCCUACUGUGCUGGGGCACUUUAUGCACCCCGUAGUCGAAGGUCAGACGACUCCCGAUGAUGGGUCUCCACCCAGACCGAGUACUUCCUCCACCUCCACUUUCACCCGUUCCUCUGCCUCCGUAUCUACCACUGCCACUUCGUACGCCCAGAGUUCUUCUGACGCUCUCGGCACUUCACCGUCGAAGUUUACUUUUGGCUCAUUGCGCUCACAUAGUCCGGCUUCACUCUUCAGGGGUUCGCCAUCAUUAUGGUCGUUGCCUGCAGAUGCCACACAUAUGAACGAUCCUCCCAACUCGACUAAAGUUAUUGCGAAGGACAGUGGCUACGAGAAGGGUGCUAUGCGCGUGGCGCAGUCAUUGAGAGUGCAGUCCGGGAGCAGUCUAGGCCUCGGGCCUGUAUCUCAAUUACUCGGUAGUCCGAGGAGGAGAAAGAAGCGAAAGUUGAUCAUUAGUGGUGUUCCUGUCGGGGACAAGCGACGGACUGAUGCACUCCUAAGGUGGUGUCAGACGUUUGGAGAGGUGAAUCAAAUCACUCGAGCGCCGAACGGAGAUCUUCAUAUUGACUUUAAGAGCGCGGAGGUUGCUGAUACCGUCUGCCGUCUACACGCCCGAGUUUACAUUGGUGGGGUCGGAAGUGUUGGCUUGUCCUGGUUUACAGGCAAACGCCCCUGAAGUCCCAACAUCUGUACCCGUCACGACUAUCCUAUGCCCAUCCUAUACCCUCAUGCUUAUCUACUCAACAUGCACAUCAUCUGCUCAUAUCUACAUACCCUCAUUUAUUAGCUCGCUCAGUCGAAGCUGUACCAUCUGUAAUCCCAUCUGCAUCUCUGUCUUGAUUGUUUGCUGUGUGUAUUCAUUGACGUUUCUGUGUACUACUCCCCUCGCUCAUUGGACAUUUGGUGCUACUUGGACUGCCUAGCAUAGUUGUACUGGAUACUCAUACCUUCCUUUCAUUUUUUGCCUGCUUUGUUUUGUAUCAUGGAACGGACGUGUACAUAGCGUGUUAUCGCCAGCCCUUUGUUCUUCUUAUAAUAGAAGGCUAUCAUGCUUUUUGACUUAUUUUCGCGUUUGCCCUCUUUC